AAUGACAGAGCCCAGAGGGUGGUGAUCAAUGGCACGGAGUCGAGUUGGAGGCCUGUGACCAGUGGAGUUCCACAGGGAUCGAUUCUGGGGCCAGUCUUGUUCAACACCUUCAUCAACGACCUGGAUGAGGGGACAGUUGAUUACACCAAACGGGGAGGACUGGCUGAUUCCCCAGAGGCGGUGCUGCCAUUCAGCGGGAUCUCAACCAGCUUGAGAGUUGGGCAGAGAGGAACCUCCUGAGGUUCAACAAGGACAAGUGCACAGUCCUGCAUCUGGGAAGGAACCCCACACACCAGUACAGGCUAGGGGUCGAACUGCUGAAGAACAGCUCUGCAGAGAGAGACCUGGGAGUCCUGAUUGAUAAUAAACUAAAUAUGAGGCAGCACUGUGCCCUCGUGGCCAAGAAGGCCAAUGGCAUCCUGGGAUGCAUCAAGAAGAGUGUGGCCAGCAGAUCGAGGGAGGUUCUUCUCGCUCUCUACUCUGCCCUGGUGAGGCCUCAUCUGGAGUCCUGUGUCCAGUUGUGGGCUCCUCAACUCAAGAAGGGCAGGGAAGUACUGGAGAGAGUCCAGCGCAGGGAAUAGAGCAUCUUUCAUACGAGGAAAGGCUGCGGGACCUGGGGCUGUUUAGUCUAGAGGAGACUGAGGGGAGAUCUUAUUAACAUUUAUAAAUAUCUAAAGGGUGGUUGUCAGGAGGUUGGGACAUCUCUUUUUUCUGUAGUAGCCAGCAACAGGACAAGGGGUGAUGGGAUGAAGCUGGAACACAAAAAGUUCCACUUAAACAUAAGAAAAAACUAUUUCCCUGUGAGGGUGACAGAGCAGUGGAACAGGCUGCCCAGAGGGGUUGUGGAGGCUCCUUCCUUGGAGGUCUUCAAGACCCGCCUGGACAUGUUCCUAUCCAACCUGAUCUAGGUGACCCUGCUUCUGCAGGGGGGUUGGGCUAGAUGAUCUGUGAAGGUCCCUUCCAACCCCUACCAUUCUAUGAUUCUAUGAAAUCUGCAUAAUUUGUGUCAAGUUCUCUUGAAGACCAAUAGGAAUAAAAUGACAUAAAACUGUAAAGAAUUAUUGUUGCUAUUAUAAAAUAUUGUCUUUAAAAUAUGCUAGAGUAUAUUUGAAGUUAAAAUUUGCCAAGUACUCUAUAGUGAGGAAAUAUAAAUGCAACGUUCCUAAUCAAUCCAACUUUUUAUCUUUUCCAACUACAUAUCUGUGGAGGAUGAAAAUUAAUGAAUCACGUGUUGGGAAAUCCAUUAAUUUCACCCCUCAAAUAAUUUCAUAUUUAUUUUCUUUAAGAGUUUGUGUUCUGGUGUGUUUUGAGUUCUAUAUUUUUUCUUUUUCUCUGCUUCUAGAACCUGCUGGUGUUUCAGAUCUCUUGCAAUUCCUUAUCAGAACCUGUAUUUGCCUGUUUAUAUUAGGUGUGUAGUAUGUUACUGAAGAAAUGAUUGCCCAAGAAAUGCAGAUAUACAGUGUAUUUUUCUAGUUCUCUUUAAAUAUGUGUGUGAACUGCAGGAUUAAUUUCCAGAAGGAAGCUUAGGUAGCCUUAAAAACAAAUCACCUGAGUGCCUAAGUUUGAUUUGCUUCAACAACUCCACAUUCAAUUUUGUAGUUGAAGUUAAGUCCUUGUGAGGCAACUGUAUACUUUGCUCAAGAGAAGGAAAACUUGUUUUUCUGGUAGGUGUGGCUGCUGUUGCUGACUAAUAUUAAAGAACACCAACCAUCUGAAAUAAAAUGUGUUGGCAAGUGUCUUAGCUAUCGUACCAGCAUUUUUUUCCUCAUUCUUUUUCUAUAUUGAACAAUUAUUGCAUUUUAUCUUAAAGAUAUUUGUUUUCAUCUGGUUAGAAUAAACAAUCUGUAGAUUACACCUUAGCAAAAAAUAAAUGGAGGAUUGAACAGAACUUCAAUCAGCUGGCUGCUUUAAAAGAAAAGAGUAUUGCACGUUGUUCUGAAGGUGUGGGCAAUUAUUUUUUUGACUAAACUGAGAGUCACAAGAUUGAUUGCUGUAUUCAGAAGCCAGUGUUUGCUGGGUGAAAAAUACUGUUUAAGAGGAAAACCAGACUCUAGGGGAAUUUUUCAAGCCAAGCAAGUUGCAGAUGCAGCAGCAUAAACUGCAAGGACAAAGAAAUUUGCAUCCACAUUUCAAUAUAUUCAAAAUGUUGCGUGGUGAGAAAAAAUCUUGGUUUGCAGCUGCUGUGUGUGUUAUUGUUGUAACUUCAACGAUCACACUUUCAUAUAUUAGGUUACAGAGACUUUCUCACCUGCCAAAAAUAAUUCAAGAAGGUAGCAGAUGUAGAGGAAAAAUAAUCAAUAGCACAAUAACAGCACUAAAAGACAACAAGACUUUUAUUAUAUCUCCAUACUUCGACAACAGAGAAAGCAAAGUCACCCGUGUGAUUGGGAUUGUUCACCAUGAAGAUGUAAAACAACUACACUGCUGGUUCUGCUGUCAGCCUGAUGGAAAGAUAUACAUAUCAAAAGCAGAAAUUGAUGUUCAUUCAGAUAGAUUUGGAUUUCCCUAUGGCACAGCAGAUAUAGUUUGUUUGGAACCCAAAAACUGUGAUCCAACACAUGUGUCAAUUCAUCAGUCUCCACAUGGAAAUAUUGACCAGCUGCCAAGGUUUGAAAUUAAAAACCGCAAGGCUGAAACCUUUUCUGUUGACUUCACUGUAUGCAUCUCCACCAUGUUUGGAAAUUACAACAAUGUUUUGCAGUUUAUACAGAGUAUGGAAAUGUACAAGAUUCUUGGGGUAGAGAAAGUGGUGAUCUAUAAGAACAACUGCAGUCACCUGAUGGAGAAAGUCUUAAAGUUUUAUAUGGAAGAAGGAAUUGUAGAGGUAAUUCACUGGCCAAUUAACUCAUACCUGAAGGUUUCUUCUAAAUGGCACUUUGCACAAGAUGGAACGCACAUUGGCUACUAUGGACAAAUCACAGCUCUAAAUGACUGUGUAUACCGUAACAUGCAGAGGAGCAAGUUUGUGGUUCUUAAUGAUGCUGAUGAAAUAAUUCUUCCCCUUAAGCACCCAGACUGGAAAACAAUGAUGAGCAGCCUCCAGGAGCAAAACCCAGGGACUGGCAUUUUCCUCUUUGAGAACCAUAUCUUCCCCAGAACUGUAUCUACUGACAUGUUCAACAUUUCCUCCUGGAAUACUGUGCCAGGUGUUAAUAUAUUACAGCAUGUUCACAGAGAGCCUGACAGAAAAGAUACAAUCAAUCCCAGGAAAAUGAUAGUAGAUCCACGGAAGGUGAUUCAGACUUCGGUCCACUCUGUCCUACGUGCUUAUGGGAACAGUGUGAAUGUUCCCAUGGACAUUGCUCUCAUUUAUCACUGUCGGGUGCCCCUUCAAGGAAACCUUCCUAGAGAAUCCCUCAUAAGGGAUACAACGCUGUGGAGAUACAACUCGUCAUUAAUCAUGAAUGUUAACAAGGUGCUACAUCAAACUAUACUGCAAGGUCAAAAGUGAAACCUUGGUUAUAAGGAGGGAAUGUGGAGAGCUACCUGUACUGUGGGCAGGCAGAGAAUAGAAUUUAAAAGUUAUAUUAAAAUUGCUUCCAUGUGAAGUUUACAUCUUUUAGAGGUUUAAGAGAACAGCCCUUUUAUGUACUGUGCAAAUGUAAAUGCAUUUAACUUAUUACAUGAGACAUGGUAUUUUGUAAGAGUACACAGUGAUUAAGUGCCAAUAAAGAGUUGGGUUGUUGAGGUAAAGUCUCUACUGCAGGUUUUUCAGAUGUGAGAGUUGAUAGGGAGAAGAUAGCUCUUUUGAAUGGCUAUAACUAGCAUUAUGCAGGGCCUAGGAAGUGACCAUGCAGAAAUUAGAAAGCUAAUGUACCCAUUUUUCAGCUUUCUCUCAUUUUCUUUUCCCAUCUUCAUAUAUUGUUUAGCUAGUACAAUGAUUUUGUAAACUACUUGAAGAAGAAGUUAAUUGAUUUUUUUUUUCUUGUAUCUCUGAAGUACUUGGUGGAUAAAAAAACACAGCUGUGAUUAGAGGUGUCUAUUAAAAGUGGCUUGGGACAGCAUCUCACAGAUGAAGACCUUUAUUGGCAUUAACAAUAAAUUACAGAGGAAAACACACCAGCUGUAGCACUGUAACUGUCACUUGUUUGAGAUAUUUCUUUGUAAUGGAAAUGAGAAUUCUUAGCAGAUCGCUGAGUCAUUCAAUGAUACCAAGGAUCAAUGCAGAUGGUAUUACUUCUGGAAAAAUAUUUUUUUUCAUCAUUAAAAAAAAAAGUAUUUCCCAGCUGGUUCACAUAAUGCACAAAUUAAUACACAGUUUUCAAUCUAUGUAUAAAAAAUACAACUGCUAUAAUUAGUAACUUUUGGUUUUAAUUCUUGCAGUUUUUAUGUCACUAUUUGGAUAAAAAAAUGCAUAUGUAGCACCUUGAGUUAAAGAUAAACAAAUAAAUAGUGAAAAUAAUUGAGCAAAAUCUACCAGUUUAAAUUGUAAAAAAAAUUAAGGUAGUGCAUCGUAACACUAAACAUAGCAGUUUGAGUUUUUGCUGAUUCAAAUGACUGUUUAAUUGUAUUUUUUAAUGGUUUAAGGAGAAGAGUGAUCCCUGUUUUGUUACCCACAGCUGUUCUGAAUUACUUAAGCAGUAAGUGCUGAGUCCUGUUAGAAAGCUUUAGAACAAAGGCCAGUGAUACAGGUUGGUGUUGAAGAAAGAGAUUGUUGUGAACUGAAAAAAAAGGCUAUUUUCAGGUGGAAAGAUGAAUAGAGGAACCACUAUUUAUGAUACAUAGCACUUGUAUGUGUGUGUUUUUUUUUUUUCCUGGGACCUUGAAGCCUCAUAGCAAACUGUUUCUUUAUUCAUGGAAAGGAAGCAUCAGGUGGAUUUUAGUCCUUUGUGAUGGGUAAGUUGAAAUAUGUUGCUCACUUAUGUAAGUGUUAAUGGUACAGAAGCUGUGUCUUUUCCAACCUCUAUCUAAAAACACUGCCAGAUAGUUGCUAACUUCUGCUAAAAAGUCAUAUGGAAAGUAAAGCAAAGAACAUUUGCUCACUGUAACUUAACAAUUUUUGACAAUUUUUUUCCUGUUUGCUAAGUCCCCAAAGCUAUGUGCAUUGUACUGAUGUGGCAAGAUAUUAGAACCUUCUCAUGAUAGGACAUCUGGUGGCAGUGAUACUGUGACGUGUGUGAGAGAGUUAAGUGUGUGUGUGUGAGAACAGGUAUGCUUUUUAAAUUUUUGUGGUAUUGUCAUGUUUUCAUUCCUUCAUCUGUUUUGUGGUGGCAUAUAUCUGUGCUCUGUCAUUAGUGAAUUGACAUCAUUAGCUAGCAAAUGUCCAUGUGAAACUUUUAUGUGAGAGGCUUCAAGAGAUAGUCUAUAAAUAACCAUUAGCCACUAACUAUGUUUAUAGUAAUCAUAACCUGCUUCACAAUAAGUGGAAACUAUUCAUAAAACCAAAAGGGAAGAAGAACAGUGUAGUGUGUAUUGGAUGCUAUUCUGCUUGCAUUCUCUGGGACAAUGCAGAAAAAGAGAAUUUUAGAGUUCUUAAUAUGUUUAAAAUUUUCUGCAACUUGUGGAAUACUUGUGGUAGAAUCCCUUUCCAGGAAUCACUUCAUGGCUUUUAACAAACUAUAGCAUUUGCUUUACAGUAGCAACAGCAUCUCCCACAGUCUCUAUCAACAAUCUGUGUCAGCUGUAUUAACAUCAAAGGUGCCUGCUGCAGUAGUACUGUUUUGCUUGGCAAGAGGUCCAUUUGGAAUUUUAGAUAUGUAGAUUAGAAAAGGACAUCUGCAAGUCCAAUUUCCUGCUCAAAGCAGGGUAAGGUGGCAUGGUUUCCUUGAACUUUAUCUGGGUAAACCGAACACACAAUGACUCUGGGCAGCCUUUUUGAGUCUUUAACUACCCUCAUGAUGGGAAGAGCUAGUUGGAAUUUCUCUUGCAGUUUGUGACCGUGGGCCCUUGUCCUAUUGCAUGAUACUGAGUCUAACUCUGUCUUCUCUAUACCUUCUUGUUAAGAUAGCUGGAGACAGUAAUAGUGCCCACCCCCCAUGAUCACUAACACCUUCCCUUCCCCCAUCAUUCUCUCUGGAAGGCUGAACUAAUUUCUCAGCCAUCUUGUGCUUCAUCUCUGCAG